CCCGCCUAUCCCGAGCACCAUGUCAGGAUUCCAUCCCUUCGGCGGCCGCGUGAGCAAACAUUUUGGCGAAAAUCUUGCGCCGGAGGAUGCCUAUCUGAGCUACCACGAUGUACGCCUGACGAAGGAGGAUUACGACUGCAUACGGAAUGACUGGUUGACGGACAACGUCAUUGCAUUUUGGGAAGAGUACCUCGAACAUGAGAAGCUUAUCGAUUUCCCGAAAGCGCACAUCAAUCUGAUCCGUCCAUCCAUGUCGUACUUGCUGAUGCAGACACCCGACCCUAUGACGGUGAAGGAAGCGCUUCCCAAUUUGGCCAAGACGACGCACAUAUUCCUGCCGGUCAACGAUUGUCGCAAUGUGUCGGAAGCCGAGGGCGGUUCGCAUUGGUCUCUUCUGCUGGUCAGCACCGUCGACGGCGUAGCAUUCCACUACGAUUCCAUGAGCGACAGUAACGAUAGAGAAGCCCGCAUAGUGACGCAGAAGUUGGCGACGUUAUUGAACAAGAGCUUCAAGUUUGUCUGCAUGGAAGACAGCCCUCAGCAAGACAACGGCAGUGAUUGUGGCGUCUACGUCUGUCUGCUCAUGCGCUAUCUGCUCCUCAGCCGUCUCUUGAAGGCGGACAGCAGAGAGAAGAUCAGCAUGGGAUUGCAGGGGAAAGUGGUCGAGGCUUCUCAAGGCAGGAAGGAGAUGGUGAAGAUCAUCGACGGGUUCAGGCGCGAGGGACAGAGAAGAUCGUAA